UCUCUCUCUCUCUCUCUCCCCCUCUCUCCCUCCUGGUCCUGCCUCUGCCUCUCACAGAGACAGAGAGAGGAGGGACUGAGACACGCGCACGCUUGGGUUUUGUUUUGCAACUCCUGCAUUGACCGACAUUCUUCCUGAAGCUGCAGAUCGAACAGAUCGCCGUCUCCCUGCAGAGCCGUCGGCUUCGUCAACAACACGCUAAAUGCAAAAUCCGUGGGGAGCUGAACUGAAAACAUUUCAUGAGAUGACAUUUGGUCGUUGGAAUAUGCAACUGAAAGAACUUCGUCACUCACAGCCUGAAGAGACGGGACACGGAGGGAAGAACCAUCUCUAACUCUGUAGACGUAUGGCCUCAGAACCUCACAAGUGUUUUUAACACAUCUGUUUGUAAGAGCAGCUCAAACAUGAGCAACCUGACGACUUUCAAGGGACUGAGGGUCAGCGUUGACAGAGGAAACAAGACUCAAAACCAGUUCCCUCAGUCUGGGGACGACAACGCCAAUCAAUUAACUUCUAUUGGUGAUCAAGAAGGAAGACGAUACUCCAUCCCUCCUUUAGUCUCCCAGAGCGACUCCCCCGACAAGCUGGUGAUCUGGGGCUCUGAGCAGCAGUGCAUGCAGUCUGAGCUCAGAGAGUUUGAGCUGUUGGACUGUCAGGAGAUAGACGCAUUUUUGGGAAACAGGGACCAGAAGGAAGAUAAUCUGGAUGAAGACAACGAGGAAAGUUUGAGAGACGGAAGAGACGAGGGUCCCAUGUCCAUAUCCUCCAGCUCGACUGCCAGCUCGGCUUCAACUGACAGGAGGAGAAAUGACAAUGACAGAGAAGAGAGGAGAAUACAGAGAGGUAAAGAUGUCCACAAAAGGAUCGGCUGUCACAGCACUGAAGAGCUAGACACGUGUGUGACAGGCUCGGUGGAGAAGACCGAUACCAGGGAGAGGCCCAAGGGAGGGCUGAAGGAAUCCAAGUCUGAGACAAAUGUGUUUGUCUCCAGUUUGUCAGCCACUGCCCUCAGCGGAAGUUUGUCAAGUGCUCUCGAUAUUAGUAGCAAAGCAUAUUCUCCCAUUUCUCUGUCUAGUCCUAAAACUCACCCGUAUCCAAAUGCAAACAACUCUACCUCAGCCCAGACAAGGAGAAUGGCAGUUCCUGUAGAUGCCAACCAGAACUCAGCAUCACUGCAUCCUCAGGAGAAACACCAUCCUUUUCAGUUCUGCAGCCAGGAUCAGAGACAGAAGGACGGAAGCCAUCAUAAAAAUGGACUGUCCUCUGAUGUGGGGCUCGGCCAAAGGAGAAGGACUGGAUUUGACGAGAGGGUUCUGCCACCACGACGGCAACAACUCGUCAGACCUCUUCCACAGAGCAGGAGCUCUGCAGAGCCGACUCCUCAUCAGGAGGAGACAGGACAACCCAGUUCUCCAAACUACACUCUUGAGUCGUACAGCAAUGGGUUCAACAGAAAGCAUGGAAAGUCAGCUUUACGUGAACCGUCAGAUUUCUCUUAUCUGUACAGCACACCUGCAGCCUCCCAGCUCAGACAGCCCAGCCAGACUAAGAGAGAGGUUCCUUCUGUGGAGAAACAGCCAGCGUCAGCACUGGGGCUUAGUUGUAAUCCCUCCAACCCUUCUCCAACAGAGAAGAGACCCCAGAUUCAGUUCACAUACAGGAGGAAUUGCUCCAGUCCCAACAGGACUGGGGUUGAAUCCAGGUCGUGUACUCCUCCUCACUCCCCUCUGAAGACACCCCAGGGUUCACCGCGCAGGCAACCCUCCAUGUUCCUUGUUUCCAGGAACGUCCCCGGAGCGGUUCGACAUAUCCCGUCAGGAUGCAACCCUGCUGUGUCAACGUCAGCUCAGGGCUAUGGCAACAGUUGCUUGAGAGCACCAGUCAAAACUAACAUAAGCACAAGUGGAAUCUCCAAAGCGCCUCUUAACAACCAGCAGAGCUCCUCCUACCCUCAACACGACUCCAGCCCCAAAGAGAGCUCCCCAUCACCCAAACUUAAACCUAAAGGAGUUCGCCCUAAAAUCAUUACCUAUGUCCGAAAGAAUCCUCAGUUCAAACCCCAAGUGGCUGAUGGACCUUAUCAGGUGUCCUCUCUGCCGUCCCGGCUCUCAGCGUACGCCCACGGACAAACCCCGCCUCCCUUCAGAGGAAACCCUAAAGACACAGACGCCAGAGGAGUCCCGGUGCUCUCUGCCUCCAAUCUGCUCUAUGACAAGUAUCGUCAGGACAUGCAGGCCAACGUCUUCCCAUCAGCUGCACUGAGCAGGAGCAUCAGGGCCCCCGCUCACACACACACUGUUCCCCCCACACACACACACGUUCACCCCCACAGCCACACGGCUCCACCCAAACUGGGCGGCAAAGAGGGCGACUUCUACGGGGCGGGGUCAGAGGUGGAAAGAUCUGCUGCUUUCAAAGGGAGUUGUGCAGAAGACUCGCUGCAGCCCCCGGUGGCCGCUCAGGGCGGGGCGAGCGGCAGUCUGCUGCGCUCUGGCAGAGGUCUACGUCUCGGCCUCGGAGCUGUCAACAGGACGGCUGUGGCCACGGCCAAGGGCAGAGGACCUGGUCAAGGUCAGAGGUCAGUGCUGGUCUUCAGCCAGCCGGUCCAACCUGUCCUCCCAGCGACGAGCCAGAAAAACCUCGACCACGCAGAUGACCAGGUAUUUACCCAGCAUGCUCCUGUUCCGUCUGCUGCUGCAGCGACGGCAGCGGCUCAGCCUCAGGCUGUGGCCGUGGCCGCGGCUUCCAGGUCUCUGGUUCCCAAAGGCAGCCAGUCAGGACUGCGUCCCCCGGGCUUCAGCUCCAGCCGUCUUCCCCCAGGCCGCCUGGCAGCUUUUGGCUACGUCCGUAGCUCCAGCGUGUCGUCUGCGUCCUCGGCUCAUUCUGCCGACAGCACACAGAGUGAAUCCUGCAGGACGGCUCACAGUGUGAGUGAGGAGCCUCCUCCUCACAGAGUGACCACCAGCCCUCCAUCCACCGUCCACCAGAGAGGACCAUGUCGCAGCAGCAGUCUCCAGCCGCCGUCCACCCCGGCCCUGCCGCGCCGAUACCUGCCUCCACAGCCCAGAAGCUCUCCUGGAGUUGGCAGGAAGGAGUUUCAGCGGAGUUCAGAGGUCACACGUUCUCUGCCGUCCUCCCCGAAGAGGCUGGCAGUGGUUCCUCCCAAACUUCAGUCCCCAGUCCAGUCCGGGCAGCGUCCCGCAGCUGCAGUGUGGGGGUCGGCUCCUGUGGGGUCCCCUCACUGCAUGGCCCCCGUGAGGCCGCAGCAGGAACAGCAGGAGAGUCUGCAGAGGGAGAAAGAGAAGGCUCAGCAGAAAGAGAGGGAAAGGCGAGCGGAGGAGAGAGAGAAAGCCGAUCAGAGGGAGGAAGUGCAGAGGCUGCAGGGACGCUGUGAGCAGCAGGAGAGGCAGCUGAGAGCUCUCAGAGAAGAACUGAGGAAGACUUCCUUAGGUCUGGAGGCCUUCGUCGUCACCACUCAGCAUUACUGCCUCAAGAAUAAAACGACAGAAGAAAAUGAAAGGAAACUGUCUGCGGAAAUGCAAAAGAUCAGAGAGGAAAUGGCCUGGAACUCCAUGCGAUGGGAGAGUCUGCAGCGGGAAAAGACGGCGUUGGAGGUGGCGUUUGAGCGGGAGCUGCAGGAGCUGCAGCUGCAGCAGGAGGCAGAGCUGCUGUCUGUGGAGGAGGGGCUGAGAAAGUGUCACUCAGCAGAAACAGAACACCUGAGGGCGGAGCAUCUGUCAGAGAUGGAGGAGCUUAGGACUCAACAACAGGAACAUGUGGAGGAGAUGACAGUCAACCGCCAGGCUGCCAUUCAGGAACUCAGAGACAUGCAUAACAUCACCAUGGCAACGCUGCAUGAGGAGCAUGCCCGCACCAUGAGAGACCUGAGAAAAGCUCAUGAACAACAGAAGAUGCUCCUGGAGGAGGAUUUUGAGAAACUCAGACUUUCUCUACAGGAUCAAGUGGACAUGCUCACAUUUCAGAAUCAGAGUCUGAGGGACAAAGCCAAACGUUUUGAAGAGGCUUUGAGGAGGAGUACGGAUGAACAGAUCGUUGAGGCUUUAGCACCAUACCAGCACAUUGACAAAGAUCUGAAGAGCUUAAAGGAGAUUGUAGAAAUGAAGAACCAGCAGAUACACCAGCAGGAUAAGAAGAUCUCUGACCUGGAGAAAGUGCAGGCCCAAAAGAACGUGUUCCUGGAGGAGAAGGUCCAGGUUCUGCAGCAGCAGAAUGAAGACCUGAAGAGUCGGAUUGAGUUGAACCUUGUGCUGUCCAGACAACUCUCAGAAGAGAACGCCAACCUGCAGGAGUCUGUGGAGAAGGAGAGCACUGACAAGAAGCGACUGAGUCGAAACAAUGAGGAGCUGCUGUGGCGUCUCCAGACCAGUCCCCUCAUGUCCCCGGCCUCCUCUCCCUUGCACCGCUCCUUCUCCACCUCCCCUGUCCCCUCGUCCCCUCUCUUCUCCUCCUGCUCUCCUGUGGGAGGCUGUGACUCUCCCACUCACUGUCACGGCUGUCCCCAACAGGUUCAAUACUCCUCGCCGUCCCACAGAGCCACUGCCAAUCAAAGUCCCUCCCCGGGACCGGCCACGCCCACUCACAGGGCGGCAACCAAUCAGAAUUACUCCCUUGGCCCGGCCACGCCCACACACCGAGCCUCAGCCAACCGCUGUAACUUGACCACAAGUGUCAGCUCCCUGCAGCGGUAAACUUCUGACCAAACUAUAAUGGGACAAUUUUGACAGUUUAUAUUUGGACAUUUUUUGACGACAUGUUAUACUUUCAUUAUUUCCCGCCUCUGAAUGUGAAUGAGAGAGAGUUGCGGGGGAAAGGAAGUGUCUUCAGUAGAGAUGAGCUGACACGAUAUCACUCAGAUGACGAUCCUGGGAUCUGUUGGUGCUUUUCCACGAUACAGUUGUAGCACAGCUCGGCUCAGCUCGACUCUACACGCUUUGAUUCGUUUUCCAUUUCUAUAGAACCUCCUCCAUGUGAGUCAUCACACGAAUAUGCCAUGACAUCGUUUUUUAUACCUGUCACAAACACACCUGCACUGAACUGAAAUCCCACUGAACGGGUUGUGAUUGGGCUCCCGAUCGCCGGCUUUCAGCAGUGCUGUCUCUAAAUUCACUGCUCUGUCAAAUAUCGACAUUUUAGGCGUUUCCUUUGCUAAAUGUUGGAAAUUAACUUUAUUAAUUUUUAACUGAUCUACAGUUGGCUUUGAUUCUUGUGUCACACACUCAUGACUCUUCCAGUGAAGACACUCUCUGACCAAUCAUUGACCUGCAGUCUGACAACGUCACAUGUUAGUAUCGGCUCAGCUGAACCUUGUCAGAGCAGGAAGUAAAACAAAACACCAGGUACCAGGUUCUAUCACUGCCGUGCCGUGCCCGUGCCGUGCCCGUGCCGUGCCCGUGCCGUGCCCGUGCCCGUGCCGUGCCCGUGCCGUGCCGUGCCGUGCCGUGCCGCUUCAACUGUACAGUGGGAAAGUGCCAUAUUUGAAGGUAGAAAAAGCAAAACAGAUUAGUCUGAUUUGUAAAUAAUAAUGAUGAUAAUAAUAAUAAUAAAUAUAAUACAGUAUCAGUCAGAUAUUGGUAUUGAUAGAUAGAUACUAACACGUUUUUAAACUACAUGUAUGUAAAGUGAAUUUUCGGAGGAGAAGAAGCACAGCAUGUAUGUGUUCAGUCGGUCUGUGUGAGUCUGUCCCUGGUAUCGAAGCACUGAGGCUUCUAACUACUGAGAUAUAAGAAAACUUCUUUGUGAGAUUGUAAUUUGACAAUGACGACAGCUCGGUCCUUUGUCCUGAAACGACUGUGUAUAUAGUGAUGACUUGUGUUCUCCCUCUCACUGGGAUGUAUUACUGUCAGUUACUGAAUCAGCUUCCGGCUGAAACCUUUGUUUUGUUUGUUUCGUUUUUUUCGGUUUCUGGAUAAAAACAAAAAUCCCUAACAAAGCGCCUUACACUCAAACCUGCUGCCUUACCAGCAGAGAGCGACCAAUCAUUUUAUUUACAUUAAUCUUUGGAUUUGGUUUAUAAAUCACAGCAAAUUUGAAGGUGUGUUUUGUAAUUAGUGCAGUGCUGACCUUUGACAUGUGUGGAACAUCUUCUUCCUGCAUGUUCGGCCAUUUUAUACUUAUACAAUAAUACAGAGGACUUUAAAUUUACUUUAAAUUCUUGCCAGGUCUUCCUACAUGAGCUACUCGUCACAUUCACAAUCCCUCAGGUCAACUUGCAAAAAACUACCCCUGCCAUUUUAAAUUUACCUCAGCGGGAAUGUGCAGUCUACACACACACACAGCAACAACAACAACAACAACAACGACACACACAUCUACAGAGAGCUCAGAGCUAAAGGGGGGGAUCAAGCACAUGGAUCACUGUUUUAAAGCGGAUUUCUUUACAUCGUGGUGUUUCUAUCUAAUUUAUUUGUUCCAUUUGUGUUUGUUUUUUGUGACUUCAGCGAGCAUGUGUCGUAAAAGUCUUCCAGUGUUGACGUAAACCUUGUUAUUGCUGUGAUCAUGUGAUCUACAUGUAUGUGUAAAACCUGACGUGUGGAGGAAACGAACAAUGAAACAACACUUUACUUGUGUUUGACGGGUGAUGUUCAGGUCACAGUGUUUCUGAUGGAAUAUGAGUCAAUAAGCUAUGUAAAUAUUUAUAAAAAACAACCUCUCUGUGAUGUAUUAGAAUAGUGUAGCGUGUACUAACCUCCUCAUAGCCCCUACUUAAUCCCUCCCACUUUGUUUAUUUGAAUUAUUUCCCCUUUUUUUACGACUGUAUUGUUCAGGGGAAAAAGUUUGAUUACAAAUACCUUCAAUUUUCCUUUAUACAGUUCAUAAUAUUCUAUUUCCCAAAUUAUAAUAGAGACACCAACGUUUGACGUAUACAACAGAGAAUCAUUUUAUAUCAUACUUACGUACAUUAUACCUGCCUCCUGUGCUGUAAUGGAACGACUCUCUUACCCUCAGGGUCCUAAGUUUUAUCUGAAACGCUGAAAAAGACAGUAUCAGACAAU